AUGUCUCUUGAGUUGACAUUUAACCCUAAUAUCCAGCUGAUGGAGGUGAUGCGUCUGCGUGUGCAGUCUUUGCAGCAGCGGGGACAGAAAAGACAGGAAGGAGAAUGUUUCCUGAGGUCCAAUGAGCACGUCUAUCGCAUGGACUUCUCCGAGCAGGCCUUGCAUUUUACCCGAUGGAACAUCUGCAUGUCUGCACCUGGCCACCUGAACAUCAUUGCCACAUCCCCGCUCUGGAUGCCUGACCUCACCAACCUCAUGACGUGCCAGCUCCUCGAACCUACAGGAGUCUUCUGGAGAAGCGCAGGUGAUGACCCUGACGUGCCCAUCCAGUGCUAUGAGGCUGACGCCCAGGAGUUCGGUGAAAGGAUAGCUGAGCUAGCCAAGGUGCGCAAAGUGAUGCAUUUUCUGUUCGCCUUCAAAGACUGCUAUUUUGGUCUGGAAAGUAUCGAGUGCUCCAUAGAGUUCGAGAUCUCUAAUUAA